CUCGCAUCGUCUGGUUUUCUUUCGUUCAUCUGCUUCUUUGUCGUCAAUUUUCUAGUUGCUUGAUAGUGAUUUGAUAUCUGUAUCUUCUCGACUUGCGGUACCUAUCUUCCUUCCCACUUCUAAUGCGAGCGCUGUGAUGUACUCUUCAUCGAACUCCUUCUUGGGCGGCGUCAACAACGCCCGCCCAGGACAGCCGCCUUUCAUCCAGCAACCUCCAUACUCGCAAUUCCCUCAGGGUCAGCAACAAAUACCCCAACAGACUGGCUUUCAACCACAGCCGACUGGAUAUGGACCUCAAUCGGCCUCUCAUCUGCAGCCUCAGCCAACGGGAUUCCCUACUGGACAAUUGCAACCUCAGUUCACAGGCUUCCCCGGCGCAGCGCCUCAGCAGCAGCAACAGCUUGGCGGCUAUCAGGCGCCCGCACAACAGCCGCAGUUCACGGGUUAUCCUCCUCAAAGUCAACCUCCGUCGCUUCAGGUUCCUUCGACCACCGGUCUGCCCACUCGACUUGCUCCCAGGACGUCUUCGGAGAUAGCCAACUCGUUUAGCGAUGGUGCCGGCGUGGCGCCUCCACCACCACCCAAGUCUUCAGGGAGCAAGAUUCCUAACAUACGGCUAUCGUUCAUCACUGCGCAAGACCAAGCGAAGUUUGAGCAACUUUUCAAGUCCGCGGUGGGAGAUAGUCAGACAAUGGACGGGGAAAAAGCUAAGGAGCUACUUCUACGUUCGAGACUUCCCGGCAGUGAAUUGUCGAAGAUAUGGGUUCUGUCCGAUACCACCAAGUCUGGGCAAUUAUUCUUCCCCGAAUUUGCUUUAGCCAUGUACCUCUGCAAUUUGAGGAUCACGGGUCGAGAACUUCCAGCGACUCUACCGGACAAGAUCAAGAAUGAGGUUUCAAGUAUGGUGGAUAUCAUCUCGUUUGGGGUUCCCGACACAGAGCCGCAAGCCGCUGCGAGAACGAACGUUCCCAGCUUCGAUGCUCCAUUAUUGGAGAACAAAUCUGCUCCCCCGGCUCCCCAGCAUCCUAAGCCGCAGCAGCCAUCGAAUGCACAGUUUCUUUCGCAACUUACUGCGCAGCCCACAGGCUUUGGUCCUCAAGCAACCGGCUUGCAACCCAAUCAACCCUCUCUGCUUGGAGCGAACUCGGCUCUCGCCCCACAGGCUACGGGCUUCCCCGGACAGCCUCAGCAGCAGUAUCUGCAGCCCCAGCCAACAGGUUUAAUGACCAAUCCUCAAGCUACAGGCUACAAUGGUCCCCGUCCCCCACUUCCGCCUAUGCCUACCGGAUUUGCCUCGAAUAUUAGUUCAAUGCAGACGGGCGGAUUGGUUGCCCAGCCGACUGGAAUUCCUGGCCAAUGGGGGUUUGUUAACGCACCGUCGUCGGGUUUGCCCAACAUCGAGGCCUUGAAACAGCAACUCAUGCCUCAGCCUGGUCGUGAGGGCGGCUUUACGACAGCCGGUCUCUCUGGCAAUGCAAGUAUUCCUUGGGCGAUCACAAAGGAGGAGAAGAAAAUUUACGAUGAUCUCUUCCGAGCAUGGGAUGGCUUCCAUAAAGGCUUCAUAGGCGGCGAUACCGCUAUCGAAAUCAUGGGACAAAGUGGCCUGGAUCGCAAGGAUUUAGAGCGGAUCUGGACGCUUGCCGACCCCAACAAUCGAGGCCGUUUGAAUAUGGACGAAUUCGCCGUAGCAAUGCACCUGAUUUACAGAAAACUCAACGGAUACCCAGUCCCGAAUCGUCUACCCCCUGAGCUAAUUCCUCCGUCAACGAGGAACUUGAACGAUUCAAUAGGCGCGGUCAAGUCUCUGCUGUCUCAGGAUGCAGAGAAUCGCAAAGCUUCUGGCGCAUUUUUGCAACCUCAGAAGACGGGUGUGAGUUACCUCAAGGAGCACUCAUUCCGUGGCGGCGCAAGGUCUCCAGGAUUCGGCCGCAAGGAUGCCACUCUCUUUAAGAAUAAUGAUGAGGCUGCUGCUGGUUACCGGUCUAGCGCCCGUCGUCGUAUGGGUAAUGACGCCCGGCCAUCAUCUCCCGCUGCCUCUCAGGCAUCCGAGGAGGAGCUAUCUGUUGAGCAGCUGAAGAAGAAGAUCCGGGAGACUCAGAUCAUGCUUGAUGCUGUCGAUUUUCAUGAUGAAAAUCGAGCCGAGGAGGAGGAGGUCUUGGAUCGCCGUGAUCGUCGGGAAGCGGAAAGCCUCAUGGACCGAAUCCGUCGCGUUCAGGACGAUAUCGACACCCAUCCUAAUGCAGCCUUCCGUAACCUGGAUAAUGGCGCCGAAAGGAGAUCCUUGCGUCGUCAGCUUCAAGCCUUCGAGGACCAGGUUCCUCAGGUCGCAUCAGAGGUCCGCCGUAUUGAACGUGAGAUUGCCGAUGCCAAACUUGAACUUUUCCGCUUGAAGGACGCAAAGGCACAUCCAAACAGUGCUGCCAACAUCGUUGGAACAGGACCCGGUGGUACCGUUACGGAGGCAGAUCGUAUCAAGGCCCGCGCCCGCGCAAGGAUGCAGGCUCGGGCCGCCGAACUUGCUGGCAGACCAGUGCCUACUUCAGUGGACGAUGAUGGAGCUGCGGCUCGCAGGUUGGAGGCUGAAAGUACCAGUAUUCGAGCAGACCGAGAAAAGAAUGAGGCCAUGACACGUGACGUCGAGGAGAGCGUGAGGGAGUUCACUCGCAGUCUUGAAGAUAGCCUCAAGGAAGAGGGUGAAACUUCGACACGUGAGCAUGAACGGCGUCGGUGGGAAGAUGCCUUGGGGGUUGAGGACGUCAUUCGGGACUUCAUCUACGACCUGCAACGAGGGAGCCGAACAGCACACAUCCGUAAGGAAGAGGAAUCAAGAGCUUCUGCUCAAGAGCAGCGACUCCGGCACGAAGAGCCGUCCGUCGGUGUCUCUCGGUUGUCCCCUGCGCCUUCCGCUGGUUCUGCAGGUUCGUUACCGGGAUCCACUCAUGAGGACCGAGUGGCUGCGGCUAGAGAGCGUGCCCAAAGACGUAUUGCGGAGCGCAUGGCGGCUGCCGGUCUGAAACCACAGACUGAUACCUCUGAAACCCUUCUGCAACGCCAGGAGCGGGAAAAGAGGGAACGAGAGGAGCGUCUAAGACGAGCAGAGGAGGAAGACGCGAAGAGAGAGCAAGAGAGACAACGUCGCUUGGCUGAGGAGCAGCGUAGCACUUCUAAUGCACCUGCCAAACCUGUGGCCAAGAAGCCACCCCCAGCUCCGCCUUCACGCCGUGGCCGCACGGACAGCGCGGGCCAGGCCGAAGUGAAAAAGGCCGCAGAAGAAACCGUCGCUGCGGAACAGGCAGCCCGCGAACAGGCUAUCAGAGAGGAGCAACAGGCACAAGAAGAAGAGACGAAUCGCCUCGAGAUGGAAGUUCAGAAGCGUGAGGAGGAACUCCUCAAGGAGAAAGAGGCACAAGAAGCUCGUCUCCGUGCACUGGAGGAGCAAGUCAGGCAAGGCAAGAUCCGGAAGCAAGAGGAGAAGCGUCGCAAAGAAGAAGCCGAACGGUUGGCCAAGGAAAAGGAAGCCGCACUUGCAGCUCAACGCGCUGAGAUCGAGAGGGCCAGGGAACGAGAGCGGCAGCUUCAACUAGAAUUAGAAGGUCUCGAUGAGGAGAGUUCGUCUGAUGACGAAGGACCAGCGAACAUCACGCCUCAGGACAGCACACCGACCCAGAGCCAAUUACUCCCCACAGUGACUCCUGCGGCUCCGGUUUCUGCACCGGAAUCUGAGCAGGCCGCCGGUCCCGAAGACACUUCCUCUCAGGCUCCACCUGUGAGCUUCAGCCCAGAGACAGAGUCCAAGAAUCCGUACUUCAAGAUAACCCACCAGGCCGCUGACACACAAGUGGUCUCUGCUCCACCCGCGCCGCAAACCAAUGUCACCUCCCCCAAGGCUGAUGUACACUCGACCAAUCCUUUCCACCGUCUCGCACAGCAGGAGAGUUCGAAACCUGCUUUUACUGGAUCCGCGCCUCUGGAACGCAAAUCUCGUGCGCGUCCUGAAGCAGACGAUGACUGGUCUGCUGCAGGGUCUGAGUUCGACUCGUCCGACGAUGACGACGACGAGCGGCCAGGAGGUGGUAGUGCUAAACAACUCGCAAGUAUUCUGUUUGGUACUAUGGCACCACCACGACCUUUGAGUGCUAUGGAUGACAAAUCGCCCUCCAAGUCGUCGACCCCAGUGCAGGACAGCCCAGUUAUCUCUCCCCCGGUGCCUGAGCCCAACGGCAGCCUCUCUGCACCUGCUGCCCCUCCUCCGCCACCUCCUCCUCCCCCACCAGCGGCAGUGCCCAGCUAUGAUCCAUCCGUUGCACCGCCCCACCUCCUGCACCACCUAUGGCACCACCUGCGCCACCUCCAGGCCCUCCACCACCGCCAGCUCCUCCGGCUGCCGGUGGCCCGCCUGCGCCUGCAGGGGCACCCGAUCGUAGCGCGCUCUUGGCCUCAAUUCAAAUGGGCAAAGGGCUUCGGAAGGUCCAAACGAAUGAUCGGAGCAAGAGCUCAAGUGCCGGUCGCGUGCUCGACUAGCUUCAUGGCCAGUUGACGCUCGUGCCAGCAAUGUAUUGCAAGUGAACAUCAGGGAUUGUAUAUUGUGAAUUGGAAAUCCAUAUACCGUAGAAAGAACUUAUAGCGUUAUAUGUUUGCUUGUCUUUCGAUCUCGGUCGCCUCAAUUGUAGUUACUCAUAGUCGGCCAGAAAUUGUAUUUUCAG